CAAAUAGGACAGCACCCGUGACACGAUGGCGCUCCGCAAACCAUAUAUCAAGAUCUGCAAACACCAAACUCCCUAUAAAACAAUUAGCACCAUUUUCCGACUCUAGAGUACUCUUUCGACACAAACUAUAAAGCUAGAAUCAGCGCCAGUUCUCAGAGACACCUCCAGAAUGUGUUACCUCAACAUAACCAUCCAUAACGGCUGCGGCCACCGCGCUCCCUCAGUUUCGGACCCCUACACUCUCUGCAACGAAGCCCUCGCCCGCCUCGCAGAAGCGACCGGCAACAUCGCAGACAGCAUGCCCCCUCCACCUCCACCCAAGCCCAAACGGACUUCUACCAGUAUCUCCGGCCGCUUCACCUCUCUCAAAGCCUUGGGCCGCACCUCGAGUACCAACAGCACCCUCAGCCAGCGCAGCGUCUCCGACUCCGUGACCAGCCCCAUCAGCUCAUCCUUCGCGUGGAAAGCGUCGCCAUCGUCGGCGAUAGCGGCGCGGUGUGAAACGCCGGAGGUGCGGGAGCGGGUAAAUGCGGGAAUGGAUGUGUGUGAGGAAUGCCGGCGGUGGGUGGAGGAGAUGCGGUUUCUUGUGAAGCGGUAUGAUUCGAGCGGGAGUGUGAAGGGGUGUAAGGCUUUUGAUGAGUUUUUGAGGAAUAGGGAGAACGGGCAUCAUUAUUAUUGAUUUACUGGGGGUAGAGGAGGGCAAGGGGCUUGUGGGACUUGUGUAACGUAAAUGAGAAGGGAGAUCGGGAUUGGGCCUUGUGAGUAAUAUGAUAUCAUGUCUCUCAAGGAAUCUGAGAACUUUCGAUUGAAGAAAUUAUUCAAGGAAUCGAGUAAUAGAAGAUCACACUCACAGUCCUCAUGAGCAAGUGCGUCGCGUGUAUCUAGGCAGCAGCCAAUGCGAAUAUCCCCUUGCUUGGAAAGAGAGGUGGAAGUCGCGAG